AUGCCGCCCAAACAGUGGAUUGACAAGAAGAACGCGAGCAAGUUCCAGCUCUUUCACCGGUCUCAAAAUGACCCGUUGAUCCACGAUACCAGUGCGGAGGACCGUUUCCUGUACCAGGUCGGAGGCCCCGCGCCUGCGCCCUCAUCGAACACCUCGAAGAAGACAUUGCCAAAUUUGUCUGACCUCCAGUCCGAAUACGGCGAUAGUGCCCGCAAAAAUGAGGGCGAGGCUGCCAACUACGGCGUCUAUUACGAUGACUCCAGCUACGAUUACAUGCAGCAUCUCCGCGAGCUGGGAAGCGGCAGCGGAGAUGCAUACUUUGUCGAAGCCAAGAAUGAGAAGGCUAAGGGUAGGGCUGGCCGAGGGAUGAAGCUGGAAGAUGCGCUGCGGCAGGUCUCGCUCGUGGAUAAAGAUACCUAUGGUUCGGGCGCCUCCGUUGGUCCCAGUCUUUAUGGCUCACAAUAUGGCGAUAUGCGCUCGACCACUUCAUCCUUUAUCCGCAAGCCAACCUACCAGGAUCAGCAGAACGUCCCAGAUGCAAUUGCUGGAUUCAAGCCUGACAUGGACCCGCGGCUGCGAGAGGCGCUGGAGGCUCUGGAGGACGAAGCCUUCGUCGAGGAUGGCGACGCUGACGGAAUCUUUGGAGAAUUAACAGCUAAUGCGGAGGAAAUGGAUGAGGGCGACUGGGAGGAUUCCCUGUUCGACGACGAAGUCGAUGAUGAGGGAUGGGAGUCGGAUGCUACGGAGAAAGCGCCCGUGCAACCGGACAGCACCGAGGCUCAUCGCUCAAUGGAAGAUGAACUGCCAGAAGAAUCUGUAAAGCCACCAAUGGAUGCAGGCGAGAUGCCCGAGCCUGAUAAGCCGGCUCCCGAUAUGCAGCCCACUGACCAGAGUUGGAUGAGCGAGUUCGCCAAGUUCAAAAAAGAUGCCAAGGCUGGCAAUGCUCCCACACCAGCUGCACCUACAAUCGCAGCAUCGCAGACGAUGGCGUCGACCACCUUCACUGUUGGCGGAACGCCAAUUCGCCGGAAGAAGCGCAAGGGUGCUCUGACCAACCCGUCUGCGUACUCCAUGACUUCGUCCGCUCUGGCUCGUACUGCCGGCCACCGUCUCCUUGACGACCGAUUUGACAAGGUUGAGCAGCUCUACGCUCUCGACGAGGAGGACGAAUUUGAUGACAGCAUGUCCAUGAUCAGCGGGAUGACAGGUGCAACCGGCAUGACGGGCAUGACGGGCAUGUCCACCACAUCAUCCAUAGCCCCUAGUCUGAUCGAUGGUAACGGCGAAGCCGUGCACAGCAGCAGCACCUUCAACAACGUCAUGGACGACUUCCUCUCCAGCUGGGACCCCAAUACCAGUGGACAGGCGAAGCGACACGGCGCCAAGCACAAGCGUGGCAGGAACGGUAACGAGGCCAUUGGUAUCAGAAUGCUCGACGAAGUGCGAUCCGGUCUCGGCCCAGCUCGACUCCAAGGCGUGAAAGGCAAGGUUUCGGGAAAAGCUUAG